ACCCACAGUAACUGAUUGACAGAAGGCCCUCCCCUUGUUUUACUCAACCUUUAUAAAGUGGUAAGUUGUAGCAGGUGACUUUUCAUUGCUGUGGAGAGGAAGGAAAUAUCGACACUCUGCUUAAUAGAAGUGAUUUUACCCCAGUGAAGUAAAAUGACUCAGUUCGUACCAGGCCAAAUGGUGAUAAUGACGCAGCCGCAGGCUGCCCCUGCAGCGAACAGUGAUUGGAGCAGCGGACUGUGCAGCUGUUGCGAUGAUAUUGGAGUGUGUUUGUGUGGGAUUUUCUGUACAAUUUGCCUCGGAUGUCAGAUUGCAGGGAACAUGGGUGAAUGUUGUCUCUGUGGUACUACCAUGGCUAUGAGAACCCUCAUCAGAACCAAGUACAACAUCUCUGGAUCUCUCUGUGGUGACUGGUUAGUAACCAUGUGCUGUCUCCCAUGUUCUCUCUGCCAAAUUAAAAGAGAAAUAAAUUGCCACCAGUGAUGCCAUUGGUGUUCACCUCUGUUGCACUUCACAUGGUCUAACAAGGUACUGUUCAUCAAAGUGGAAAAAGAAGAUUGGAUUAUUGGAAAGACAAAAAUCAUUCAUUGUCACAGAAGUAAAUAAUGGAAAGUUGCGUUCAGCAAUGACAAAUUAAAAUCUCUCAACCACUAUGUUAUACUCUUUCCUUAAACCUUGUAAAUUAUUGCCCACACAUCUGAAGUUUUCUUCCCCCAGAGUCGUGUGAUUUUU